UUUUUACAGUUCAGUGUGUAGUUCUAUGUAGAUAGAAGCAGCGCUCAAACGGGUGCUUAGCAAAUGUUUGGUUUUUGAAUUAAAUAACAUUUCUUUGACUGAUUAGCAAAUAAAAAAAAAAAAAUAAAAAAAAAAUAAGUUUGUGAAAAUGUGUAAAAAAGUGUUUGUUUUAAGGAAAAUGCAACUUUUUGUAAUAAAUGUUAUUGUUUUAAGUGUGUUUGUGCCAACAAUCAACAGCAAUUUGACGCCUCACAAAAUAGCGCUCCACAAUUACCCAGUUCAGGAACAUAUAGUGCACACCAGCGAUGGCUACCUGCUCAACAUCUAUCGCAUACCAGCACCUGCCACGCAAACGCACUCACUUCCAACCAAAAGAAGCAAAGUCGUCUUACUACAGCACGGUUUUACACUCUCCUCCGAUAUUUGGCUGCUGCGUGGCCCCAGCGCCGAUCUGCCAUACCUGCUGGCUGACGCUGGCUACGAUGUUUGGUUGGGCAAUCAUCGUGGCAAUCACUAUGGCCGCCGACACGCAACCCUGGAUCCUAAAAUCGACAGGCAACACUUUUGGAACUUUACAUGGCAUGAAAUGGGCUAUUUUGAUCUGGCCAAUACUGUGGACUAUAUACUCGGUGAGACUGGUCAAAAAACAAUGCACUAUGUUGGCUACUCGCAAGGCGGAAUGGUAGCGUUGGUGCUGCUGGCGACACGUCCGGAUUAUGCGGCGAAAUUCAAAUCUCUACAAUUCACUGCGCCGACUGUUUAUAUGGGAAAUAUUAAUGUGCCGUUACCUAUGACAUGGCGUCACAAGCUGAGCGAAUAUAUGGGCCGCUUAUUAGAUUGGUGGGGUUAUGCUGAAACGUUGCACUUUGCGCAUUGGAAUGCGCAUCAACGCUUGUGCAAGACGCUGUGUGACGAUGGCGCGUGGUUUAGGCCGAUCUAUUUGAAAGUAUAUGGCAUGAUAGCUGGACCUGUGGCUGCAGAGGAAGAUUAUGAGCACAUACUAACCGACAUGUGUGGCACGCUGCCUGUGGGCGCAUCCAACAAACAGCUGCUCCACUAUAUACAGCUACACACCUCUGGUGGUUUCCAGCAAUUUGACUACGGCAGUGUCGAUAAGAAUCUGCGUCAAUAUGGUCUGACUUCACCACCCAGUUAUAAUUUGAGCUCAAUCAGAAAUUGUGUAACGCUCUACUAUAGCGAAACGGAUUCCAUGAGCGCGGCGGAAGAUGUCCGUCAACUUGGCAAGGAGCUGCCAUGCGCGAAGCUGUAUCCAUUACCUCAUGCGGCUUGGAAUCAUGGGGAUUUUAUGUGGUCUCGCUAUGCUCCAGAGGCGUUACAUGGGCGUAUUUUAGGGAAUAUGAAUGCGUGGGAGGCGAGUGAAGAGGAAAGAAUGAAGAACUGACUUUAAUUAUGUAGAUGAGUAGUACAUAAGUAUUUAGUAUUGUUUAGGAAAUGUAAAUAAAAGUUAUGUCGAAUUUCCGCUAGAA